UUUUGUGCCAUCGAAAAUUGCCAACGUGUUAUUGAUUGCCAAUCCGCUGACAUCGUCAUUUCUAUUACACCUGCACUCCCUUUUACGGGUUACGCAAUUUAAUGCUCCGAUAUUUGUCUUGUGUCAAUUUUAUCGCACUUGUCAUUCCUUCGUGUCCAUUGAAUUUCCUCGCAAAUUAAUUCAUCGACUCGAGAAAGUAAAAAAUAUUGUUUCCAAUCUUCUUAACGAACGUUCCCUUGCGAAUGUUUUUAAUCGGAUAUUAAUUUUCCAUCAAAAUACCAAGCUUUUACACCGACUUGAAAUAAUAAGAUACGUUUUUAUUUGACUUUUAUUUCUUUGUGAUAAUAAUACAAUUGUUACAUCGCGGACGUAAAAAUUCUUAAAUCUAACAAAUUUUCAUCCAGGCAUAACAGAACACACGAAAAUAGAUGAGCAUGUUCGAGUCUAAAUAAAAAUUCGAAGGAAACCUUCAACCAUAUUUUUAUUGUAAAACUUAGCCUCACCUUCACCCAAAAACCAAGUUCGUCGCACCUCCCCAUUUCCCCCCCACAUUUUUCCCAACCUUCCCACCGAAUCAUUGAACAAAGCACAACUACGCUCCCCAUUAAGCGUCAUGUCGCAGCUACCACAUACUGCGAUGUACAUUUAAGAAGAAGGUAUUACGCAACAGCGAACAACUCCGGUGGUGCGCUAUUUGCGGCCAUAAUGUCUUCCACUUAAGGUCGGGGAAGGACCUUGCCCCCUAUUACGUCGCAUCGAGGGCGAAACGCGAUGUUCAAGCCGCUAGAGGAAGAAAGAAAAAAAGUUGUAUAGACAACUAGAAAGAACACCUAGUUAACGAGUAUCAGAAGAAUCAGAGUGGUCCAUGGCCCAGAUCCGAUGCCCUUCCACGCUGCUGUAUAAAACGCAUCAUCCACUCGCGAUCGCCGCUUUUGCACGAGCACACGCCUUAGGGACAAACGUCGAACGACGCUAACCAGUGAUAGUAAUGAUCGUGAAGGAUCUUGUCGACUUGGCUUUAGUCUUGAAUUAAUCGAGAACAGCCUGGAAGAAGAACGAAUCAUCGGUCCAGGUGCCAAAGUGUUGAUGUGCGCCGCCCUCUUCUGCUUCCUUCUGGUCUUCAUCGUGGUUGCCAUCGUUGUUCUCUUGGUGUUUAAGCCUAUUUACGUCUGGGAGAUGAAAAGCGUGGAAUAGAAACUUCUCCGAAGACUUCUGAUUCUUCAGCGAUGAGAUUCUAAGCGUUCAAUCAUAACACUUAGAAAUGUUAUAAUAUAAAGCACCUAUGAUACUUUGGUGAACUUCCUUUGAAGAUUCUUUGCUUCUGAAGAGCUGAUUAAAUAUCGAAAUAUUUAAAAAAUAGUACUUAAAGAUACUUAGAAGUACUCAAGUGCUGAAGGACUGGAUCUACAGUAGCGAGAAAGGGUUCAAGAAAUAAACACACGUGAUGACGAAGGUUGUAGCUGUCACAUUCCUAGCUCUGGGUCUGUUGAGCCUGGCGAACUGUCAGGGAUCCUUGCUAGAGAUGUCUCAACAACUGUGGGCGAAGCUUUUAUCAGGAGGAUUCUCUAAAGCCGGCAAGCUAGAUCCACUAAAGGUGCCGGUAAUCAAAGUGGAUCAAUCCGAAGGAAAUACCAGCUACAGAAUAAUUCUUCGGAACGUGGAGAUCGCUGGACUAAACGAAUCAACGCUGGAUAGCAUCCACAUAGCUCGAGGCCGAUUGAAAUCGAACCUCAGCGAGCUAGAGGCUGGCUACGUGAGCUACAGCGACCUGAGAGAUCUGGACUCCAUCAGAUACAGAUUCCAUACACUAAUCAAGGAACCUAAAGAACAAAACGAAAGCUUCGAGGCCAUUGUCUCUGCCACUAACCAAGAGAACAAGUUCGUGGCUAGCGCCACGGAGCAAGAAAGUCGUUUCGAAAGACUCAGACAAUACGAUCCCUUCUUGAUGAAGAUUCAAGCGGAGAAGAUGAAGGAACCAGCGACUGAUCGCCCUCAGAAUAAUCACAAACUGCAUCAAGAAUCUGGAUUUGGGACUUACAGCAUGGAAGACGCAAAGGUUCUCUCAAAAUCGGACACCAGUCGAAUUAUAGAGAACUUGAGGUACCCUUCGGACGUUCAAAUGAUUUAUGCGAUGAGCGCAAUAAAUUCUGGUUUCAAUUCAAAGAAUUCUGAACAGAAACAGAAUUACGAUAGAUCUGCAUCGGGUCCUUACGAUGGUCGGAACAAAGAACACGGCAGACAGAGUUAUAGAAGAGAGAAUUUCGCUAGGGGAAGAGCCGAGGAACGUCACGAGGAUGUUGAGACUUCGGCAUCAGAGAACGUGGAGAGUACAGUGACGGGUCAGAGGUUCGUUCCUGGACAGAUUAGCAGAGAACAGGCGCAUGGUAGAGAAUCGAAACGUUUAGAGGAACAACCAGGUUAUAUCGAUAUAGUUUACGCAGAUGAGAACCGUAAUGGCGGCGUGAGGCGUUUUGGGAACGACAGAAUGAAAUCUAAGGGGGAUGCAAGAGUGUUUGGUACGAAGGAUGCUUCAAAGGAUAUCCUCGAGAAUAAACGGGUUAUUAGUCGCAACUGUACCGAGGGAGAAUCCUUGAUGAAGAGGAACGACGCGGUUAAGGCGGCCAUAGAGGCGAAGAGAUUGGAUGGUUUGUCUAGAUACGCGAAAAACUAUCAGGAGAAGCAAGGAUACUUCGAAGAAGGGAUGCAAUUGGUCUAUCAUUAUGGUGGAAUGGAUCGAAAGAAUCCUGGGGAAGAGAAACUUGCUCAAGGGGCUAGACACAAGCGUGCUCAUAGAGGCAAUGAUACCGAUGAUGAUGUUAUGCACGUCAUUAUGAAAAUCAGAAUUCCCCUGCUUCGCGUGAAAUCCGAUUAUCAUCUGAUGGGUAAAGUUGGCCAGGAACUAGUGAGAGGAAACGGACAGCUGAAUGGCAACUUCACCGAUGUUGUUGGCGACUUCACGAUCGAAUUGAAAAAAGCCAGUGGACAGGAUGCGUUAAUUGUUCGCGCAGCAAGAAGCAAAUUGAAUUCCAGGAAGCAAAAUGUCUCUCUUCAAGGAAUGAACGAAGAGGGACCAGUGAAGUCCAUUCUCAGUCACAGUUUGAUGGCUGCAGAAGCGGUAGCCGCCAUGCUUGCCGAUGACCUGGCUACCAAGGCCCUCAACGACAAAACGGCGGACGCGAUGAUUUAUAGGAUGUACAAAAACCUUCCGGUCAAUUAAAGCGGCGUCGAGGACAUUCUACCGUUCAAUUGGACUUUUGUAAUUCUCACAGGUUUAUAUCGUAUAAAAUACGUUGACGCAUAAUGCUCGGAAGAAUUGUUUCGAGAUGAUUGUAUCAAAAAAAAAAAAAAAAAAAAAGAAAAGAAAAAAGCACACACAGGUUCAAAAAGAUAGCACAGGUUUAAGGAAUUCCCUAUGAAUUUUUAGCAUUGAAUUACCGAAAGAUCGUUAGACUUCACUUAGGCAAAUACUUUUAUUUCCUCGAACGUUAGGUUUCUUAAAUAAUCGUUUGAAAUAUUAAUCAAUAAUUGCAUGCUUCUAUUUAUUUACUUAUUUAUUUGUUUCUGUUCAUAGUUACAGAGCCGAUUAAUUUAUUAGUAACGUUAUACUCUAUUUUAUUCUGUUUUAACGUUAUAUUCAAGUUUAUACAUAUAUUUAUUACACACAUGUUUUACAUUACAUACGCGUAUUAGAAAUACCUUAUAAUUUAUAUAGCACAAGUCAAUCUAGCUUAGUUCGUAGAAUUCGUACUUAGACUGCUGAAUCAUUUGUCCCUUCGUUGCUGAGAAAUACAACUGUCGGCUCGUUCAACAUGGAAACGAUCCGGUUCACUCGUUAUCUCACGACCUUUAGCCGCAGAAACCGGAAACUCCUCUGGGUAGCCGAUCACGUUCCCUGAGUUGUGUCACCGUGUGAUUGCAGUGGCGCGAUUUGCAAACGGGUUCCCGAACGUUACGUGCCGUUUACACCAUACGCGGCACCAUCGCGAAACCAGUUGGGAUCCGUCGGAUUUUACAUAAUCGCAUUUGGGAAAUUCAGCGAGUUGCAAUAACGUUCAUCGACUCGGGGAAAGUAGUUGUGGAACGUGUAGAAAUUUCACAAAAUCCGGAGGCUGCAGCGAUUUUUCUUUACGCUUUUCGUUUUUUAAUCGAUCGUGCAAUCUUGUCGUUGCUCUGCAUUUCGUAAUUUCCCUUAGAAUUAGAUAUCGAUGGAAACAUCGGUUUUAGUGUUAUACCGUUAGCUUUGGAAUAUCAAUAUCAUUUUUGGCAGAAUGUUGGAACGUCGUUGCAGAGAAUUAUUACGCGUAAUUAAGACGUGGUAGGUGAUAAAUAAUGUUUCAACGCUUUCAUUAUGACGCAUAGUUGAAUAACGCAAAGUAAUAUCGAUUAGCUAUUGAUUUUUGCAAUGCUGUAAAUCGGAAGAAGAAAUGGCUACGUUUUUGGACCCUUUUAACGCAAGAAACACUAGCGUGACGCUUGAUAAUAUAAAAAGUAAAAUAGCAGUAGGAUAUAAAAAAUUAAAUUAUCGUUCGAAUCUUCAAAAAACGCACGGUAGUAAAUUUAUAAAAUUUCUGAAGAUUACGAAUCAGUCGUUUCUCCUUAGUUUGGUAGUUUUAGCGUUAAAAUGGAGAUAUAAUAUUCAAGGACUUGGAAAUGGUUUCCUUUCGAGAGAGAAGUAAUUGCAUUAGAAUGUGGCACGCGUUAUACGUGCUAAAGUUUUUCAAACUUUUGUUCUCUUUUUGAUCGCUGGUCAAAACCGUGUCGACCAAGUAGCAAUUAUGCGUUAUACGGAUAUAUAGAUCGUUAGAUCGUUAGGUAUUUGAACAAUGGAACAUGAACGAUGUAAAAAAGAAUGGAUUAAAUGUAACACGUAUCAAGACAGUGGCCCGUGCAUUUAUUGAUCGCACAACGAUCUAGCUUCGAUUGUGCGAUAUACAUCUAAAAGCUAUUUUCCAGGAUGGAAGGGUUAAUACAAUUAAUAUAGAUAAUAUUUAC